CCAAAAAUAAAAAAAUAAAAAAAUCCAGGCAUUGUCCCUGUUAUUCACGAGAAAUGAUUAUCUAGAUCCACAUACAAAAACCCUAGGUUUCGAUCAGAUCCAUAAACGCCCAAACCUCCAUUGAUCGGACUCCUAGGGCCAAUUCACAUUCCAAUUUUCUUUAUACUGCAUUGCAUAUUCGAAUGCGUCUGGAAUUUGUUAACAUUUGAUCUUAAUUUCGGAUUCUGUGACCUCCGAUUGUUUCCAUUGCUGAUUUUUUCGAUUUUGUGGAUUGGCAUUAUGUUUUUGUGAAGCACUGGUAUAGGGAAUUUGAUGUAUUGUUGAUUUUAUAAGAAAAGUAGAGGGUGAUUGAGGUUGAAGAAGGAUGGCUUCGUUAGCUACGGUUAGCGAGGAGCUUGCGGAGAUCGAUGGUCAGAUCGCUGAUAUAUUUCGAGCUCUAUCAAAUGGGUUUCAGAAAUUGGAGAAGAUUAAGGACUCGAAUAGGCGGAGUAGGCAGCUGGAAGAGCUCACCGACAAAUUGCGGGAGUGUAAGAGGCUUAUUAAAGAGUUUGAUAGAGAGCUGAAAGGUUUGGAGGAUAGAAACGAUCCAGAUACAAACAAGAUACUGAACGAGAAAAAGCAAUCACUGAUCAAAGAGUUGAAUUCAUAUGUUGCUAUGAAAAAGCAAUGUGCAAGCAAUCUUGACAACAAGCGAGUUGAGCUCUUUACGGGGCCUAGUGAAGGGAUUGGAGAAGACAAUGUCUUGCUAGCUUCAUGUAAGGAUAUGGCCUCUUUGCUAACUUGCAAUUUUAAUUGAUCUGUAGACUGCUUU